CUUUAGGAAACUUUCCAUUGACUAUAUUAUCUCAGCAUACAAGAGGACAUCUAAAAGGGCAAUAUUCUUGGACUAUGAUGGAACAAUGGUGCCUCAUACUUCUCUUGCUAAAACCCCCACUCCUGAAGUCAUCUCUAUUCUAAACAAUCUUUGCGCUGAUCCCAUGAACAGUGUGUUUAUAGUUAGUGGCAGAGGAAAAAAGUCCCUGAGUGAUUGGUUUGUUCAAUGUGAAAAUCUGGGUAUAGCAGCUGAGCAUGGAUACUUCUUGAGGUGGAGUGGGAUGUCUGACUGGGAAACAAGUUUUUUGGCUGUGGAUUUUGAUUGGAAAAAUAUUGCCGAACCUGUCAUGAAAUUGUAUACAGAGGCAACUGAUGGUUCCUAUAUAGAGGUUAAGGAGAGUGCCAUGGUAUGGCACCACCAGGAUGCUGAUCCAGAUUUUGGAUCUUGCCAGGCCAAGGAACUGUUAGAUCAUCUGGAAAAUGUCCUUGCAAAUGAUCCAGUAGCUGUUAAGAGGGGCCAGAAUAUUGUUGAAGUAAAACCACAGGGAGUAACUAAAGGGUAUGUUGCAGAGAAGGUUCUUUCCAAAAUGAUUGCUAGUGGGAAACCCCCUGGCUUUGUGUUGUGCAUCGGGGAUGACAGAUCUGAUGAAGACAUGUUUGAAAGCAUAUCAAAAACACCAUAUAGCUCAUCACUCCCUUCAGCUCCAGCGAUCUUUGCAUGCACUGUUGGCCAAAAGCCAAGCAAAGCUAGAUACUAUCUAGAUGAUACUGUUGAUGUAUUAGCUUUGCUUCAAUGCUUGGCUGAUGCUUCAAGAUCAAACUUGAGUAACACAGAAACACAAGUUUCUUUCGAUAAUGUUGUACGGAAGGAACCGUGAUUCUUCCCUUUCCAUGCAAUGACACAGGCUGAACAAGCACCUUGGUGUCUGUAUGGUUGGGUGCAAGAAGGGUGCUUGUUUUGAUAAUCCUUAGUUUCUAUACAGUAGGUUUCGCCGGAAGCUGGUUUCUGAUAUUAACUCAUCUGUUGCAUGCUGUGUGGGGAUCGAUGCUGGUGCUUUGCAUGAUGCAAGAUGGGAUGAUGAAGAAUUUGUGGUCUCAAUCAAGCAUGACUAAUACAUUUUAUCUUUUUUACCCUAAAAAAUGCAGGGAAAUGAGGGCUGGGGGGGUGGGGGUGUAGAUACUGUGUAGUUCACAGGUUCAGAUGUUCAUCAUCAUACGUAGUGUUUACUGAUAAGAGAACUAUUUAGGUUUUUUGUAUACAUGUUUUUUUAUUAUAUAAGAAAGGCAUUCUUUAGGAGGCCAUACUUGUCUAUCUUGUUUU